AUGGAGAUCCUCAAAGUACUGAUCAUAUAUUCUUUGAUUACUUUGCCCCGAUCAAGGAGGAACCAUGAUACCGGUCAAGAUAUCUACUGGUGCUGUUCCUUUCCUCCCAUUGCCUGCUUUCCCCCCUCCCAGUUCCUGUAUUUUUACUCAAUGUCAUCUGACGCUCCAGAUACAUGUGUACUUGCCCACAAGUUAGAGGGGUUAGAUGUUAGAUGUUUAGUUAUUAUUAGAUAUUAUGAUCAAGCUUUUCAGGUGGUUCUUGGCCGUGGAAAAUGUCCCAAACAUCCUGAGCGCAUGAAUGCUUUAAUCCAGGCUGAAUGUGAAGGUGAUGAUCAGCCUCUGCGUCGCCGUCGCCAAUCUCGUCAUUUACCCAAGAAGAGCGCUGGCAUUAUCAACGACAACAACUUCUUUUCAUCUCUCCCAGUUGACCCUUCAGAUGCUGAUGACGGUGAUUUUGCAGGGGAUGACUCUGACUCUAGCUCAGAGUCAGAGUCAUUAGGCUCUAACAGUGAUGUCCAGGAGAUAACAAAUGUGGAGCUUGCUGCAAUGCUGCCUACGAAAACUAAAACGAAGCGCAAGGCCAACCGACCUUUGCCUGCCACCAGCGACUCCCAGGCAUCCAAGCGUGCUCGCAUGGAGGAAGUAGAUGAUGAGGACAGUGGUAGCUUACAGCCAUCGAUGAGCUCAGCUCUUCCCCGACUAUUGAAGCUAUUCUAA